AAGAACAUACAACAAACUCAUCUACAACAUUAGUUAUAUCUACACUUCAAUACUUACAUUAGUAUUAAGUUAACGAUCUAACACCACCAUACACCACCUUUCUGGCUAUUUAAAGCUUACACGAUGAACAAUCUUUCAUAUAUCGUCGUCUUUUGUCUCCUAGCCACUCUAUCUCAUGCCAUAGAGCUCGACUUUUGUGUUGGGGAUCCUAGUCUUCCUAAAGGACCUCAAGGAUAUGCUUGCAAAGAUCCUGCUAAAGUCACAACUGAUGAUUUUGUUUACACAGGUUUCCGUGGUGAAAAAACUCCCAAUAAUGUUUUCGGGAAUAAUGUGACAUUGGCAUUUUCAGAUGUGUUCCCAGCAUUUAAUGGUUUAGGCAUAUCUAUGGCUAGGUUAGACUUUGCCGUUGGAGGAGUAAUCCCAGUACACUCCCAUCGUACAUCUGAAGUUCUUAUUUUGGUUAAAGGUUCAAUUAUUGCAGGUUUUAUUGAUACCAAUAACACCGCAUACUAUAAAAGAUUAGAGGUUGGUGAUGUGAUGGUAUUUCCACAAGCCAUGCUUCACUUUCAAAUCAAUGUUGGCAAAACUUCGGCUACCGCGUAUGUUAGUUUGAAUGGAGCAAAUCCUGCACUGCAACUCACUCCUACCGCUUUAUUUGCGGGGAACUUACCUGCUGAUAUAGCCCAACAAAUCACACUCUUGAGUCGUGGAGAAGUAAUGCGAAUGAAGAGAAUCUUCGGCACAGCCUAACAAAAUUUCUUUUUCAAAUUAUUUCAAAUUUAAUUUUACUAUAAUAAAUUCUAAAAAAUUGUAAUAAACAAGCUAAGUGUAUUACUUGUUGUAUGUAUUAUAUAUGUUAACAUGUACCAUGAGUCCAUGAGACAUAGAAGUUACUUAAAAUCUUGUGAUCAAUAAAAUUUCCUCCCUUUACUUGAUA